ACCGGGAGAGCAUUGACGACUGGCGUAGACUUUGGCGACGACUUGAUACCACACAAAAAUGCAUGCAUGUAAUGUAAUAAUGGUCGCAGAUUUUUGCAAUAAUCACUGAUAAGGACGCUUUUCGUGUUAUUUUAACUUAUUGGUUGAACACUGAGAAGCGAUGGAGUUGAAUUUGGACUAUGGCACCUAAAGUGGGGUUGGAAUACUAGUUAUAAGUUAUAAGUGUGUAGCAUUGGAUUUCAAAAGUCAUAGGAACAAGUGGAUGUUGUAUUAGAUAUGAGAAGUGAUGAGAUUGUGUUGUUGUUGUUGUUCUCAUUUCUUGUAUGUUGUUCCGGUGGAGAUACUUUGAAGGCUGGCGAGAAUAUAACUGAUGAGGAGGGGAACCCGAAUCUUGUUUCAGAGAACCUCACAUUUGAGCUUGGCUUUUUUCCUUUAAGUGAGAAAAGAUACUUGGGGAUAUGGUAUCAUAUGAAACCACGAACAGUGGUAUGGGUUGCGAAUAGAGAGAAGGGUGUUUUAGAUUCCAGCGGAGUUUUUGAAAUCGCAGAGGAUGGAAAUCUGGUGGUGGAAGGCAAAGGUGCAUCAGGGAGGAGUAAUUAUUGGUCCUCUCAACUUGAAGCCUCCUCGUCCACAAACAGAACAGUGAGGCUCCUAGAUUCAGGGAACCUCGUACUCAUGGACCACGAUAGAAAGUUGUUGUGGCAGAGCUUCCUGAACCCAACAGACACCUUUCUCCCUGGCAUGAAAAUGGAAGCUAAUUUAACGUUGACUUCAUGGAGAGACGCCACUGACCCAGCACCUGGGGACUUCACCUUUAAGCUCUCUCGUGCUCAAAACUUCCAAGUGGAAAGGAAAUCUCAACUUUACUGGGCAUUUGAUCGACUCGACACAGAAACGGUUCCCCCAAUGAUCUUUCUGUUGUUAGACAACGGCACGAUGGGUACUAGUACUAAUACUUCAUCGUACAAUAAUAGAUCAGGGAAAGUGAUGAAUGGAUCGCAAUCUUACGACUACAAGAGAUCAAGGCUAUUAAUGAAUUAUUCUAGCGGGGAGAUAGAGUUUCUGAAGUGGAAUGAGACAUUGUUUGGAUGGGAUAAGCUCUGGUGGGGGCCAGCUGACAAGUGCGACAAACAUAACUAUUGCGGGAGCUUUGGAAUCUGUAACAAAAAUAAUGUGGUUCGCUGCAAAUGUUUGCCAGGGUUCCGUCCGAAGCAUAAUGAGAAGGAGGAAGAAUUCCAGCUACAAGGGUGUGUCAGAAAAUCAACGACGUCGUGUAUUGACAAGGAUGUCAUGUUCCUGAAUUUUGGCUGGAUAAAUGUGGACAGCGAGCCUGAUCAGCAAUUUAAUACACAAACAGAAGCAGAAUGCCAAUCUUUAUGCCAUGAUAAUAGCAAGUGUCCCAGGUCUCAGUGCCAGGCAUAUUCAUUUUCUAGGUCUAUAUAUGAUCGCGGUUCUUCCUCUACAUGCAAGAUCUGGACACGAGAUUUACCUACUCUUCUCGAGGACUACGAUCGUGGUCUUGAUCUUUCUGUCCUCGUUAAUAGAUCAGAUAUAGAACUCACUGCAAGAUCGUGUAAACCUUGCGGCACAAAUGUGAUUCCUUAUCCGCUAAGCACAGGGCCAGACUGUGGUAACCCCAUGUACAACAGGUUUAAUUGCAGCAACUCCACAGGCCAAGUUAGAUUUAUGAUACCCGACGGAGACUCAUACCCAGUUAAUACGAUCGAUGAAGAUACCAGAGUGUUUUACAUUCAAACUCCUGGUUCAUAUUCCUGUAGUUCCGGAAAUCAAACUGCCACACCUGAUUAUCCAUUUUAUGAAUAUGCUUGCUUUGAAGAUGUUGGAAUAGUUAAAAUGAGUUGGCUACCAGCACCAGAACCUCCCUGCACUAAGCCUAUAGACUGCAAGUAUUGGCCCCAUUCGACAUGCACACCAUCAAGUCAAGGAGGAACCAGAUGCCUUUGUGAUCCAACCUUUAAGUGGAAUAACUCAACCAUCAAGUGCACCCAAGAAGCGCCAUCAAACCAUUCAACCAUCAGACUGCUAUUGAUAUUAACUCUUGGUGGCACGGCUAUUCUGGCAUGCAUAAUUGCAUUUGCCAUUGUGCGAAGAAUGAGAAAAAACCAUACGCUAGAUCGGGCAAACACCCGAAUUCAGGAGAGCUUGUAUGAGAGUGAAAGACAUGUGAAAGGUUUGAUUGGGUUAGGAAGUUUAGAAGAAAAAGGCAUUGAAGGCAUUGAAGUACCCUGUUAUACUUUUGCAAGCAUUCUAGCAGCUACAGAUAAUUUCUCAGAUUCUAACAAGCUUGGGAGAGGAGGUUAUGGACCUGUCUAUAAGGGAAGGUUUCCUGGAGGUCAAUAUAUAGCUGUAAAGAGGCUUUCAAGUGUUUCUACUCAAGGCUUACAGGAAUUCAAGAAUGAGGUUAUUUUGAUUGCAAAACUUCAACAUCGGAACCUCGUUAGACUUAGGGGCUAUUGCAUAAAAGGAUAUGAAAAAAUCUUACUUUAUGAAUACAUGUCCAACAAGAGCUUGGACUCAUUUAUAUUUGACCGGACACGAACCUUACUCUUGGAUUGGCCAAUGCGGUUUGAGAUAAUUAUAGGCAUUGCGCGAGGCAUGCUCUAUCUUCACCAAGAUUCCAGGUUGAGAGUGAUUCAUAGAGACCUGAAAACCAGCAACAUUCUUCUAGAUGAGGAGAUGAAUCCAAAGAUAUCAGACUUUGGCCUUGCUAAAAUAUUUGGGGGGAAAGAAACUGAAGCAAGUACAGAGAGAGUUGUGGGAACCUACGGAUAUAUGGCUCCGGAGUAUGCUUUGGAUGGACUUUUUUCAAUCAAAUCCGAUGUUUUCAGCUUUGGAGUAGUCUUACUUGAGAUUAUUAGUGGAAAAAAGAACACGGGAUUCUAUCAGUCCAAACAAAUUUCUAGCCUUUUGGGUUAUACAUGGAAGUUAUGGACAGAAAAUAAGCUACUGGAUUUAAUGGAGCCAUCGUUUGCUGAAAGUUGCAACGAAAAUCAAUUCAUUAAGUGUGCGCUUAUUGGACUCUUGUGCAUACAAGAUGAACCAGGUGAUCGACCCACUAUGUCAAAUGUUUUGACAAUGCUUGAUAGCGAGACUGCAUCCAUGCCACUUCCCACGCAGCCAACUUUUUUUGUGAACAAACAUCUUUCUAGCUCAGCUUCUUCUUCUAGCAAACCAGAGACAAGCCUGCAAUUUGAUACCAGUUACCAAGACGGUCGAUAGGGCUUCAUUGGAGGAGGCUAUAGUUAAAAUAUAUAUAAUAUAUAUUUAAUGACAGUUUAAUUGUUUACAAAAUAAUUUAGAUAUUAUUUUGCAUUACUUGUGAGUAUUGUUUUUAAUAUUUCUUUUUGAUCUAACUUAGUUUCUUUUUAAUUGGAAUGUGAUUCAGUACGGGUAUAAAUUAAAGUUAAUGUUUUAUGUUAUGUAACAUUAUAUGAUAUCAAAUGAACUCAAUAUUAAUUUUA